UGCUUUUCUUUCGUGCUCGACGUUUAUCGAGAUUUUCGGUUGUUGACAAGUCGCUGAGUCUUGACUUGAGCUCGUUGCAACUGUAGUCAGUCCAUUCAGUCUCACCAUAUUGUCUAACAAAUCUGAUUGUUGCAAGCACAUCCUUCAUCAUAUCCCAGGUACCGCUUUUCUCCUACUACUUACCGCUUUUAAGCCCUGUUCACACAUACUCAAGUUUCACCUUUUGUUGCGUUGACAGGCAAACAGCGGAUGGCCUUUGUCUGGUCCAAAGGCUAGAUUUUGAACUCACUGCAGGAACCCAGUGAUCUUUACUCCUUUUCAACGCCUUGACGCACGCCGUCCCAUUCAUUUAUUUCGGACUCUCAUUUACAUUAACAUGUCACACACAAUCCCCCAAGUCCGCAGACGUACGAAGCUCAGGUCGUCCGGAUUAAGACCAGAUUCUAAUGUCGUUCGCGCGUCGGUUUUCGAGACUGCCCUUGAGCUUGGGAUCCACAAUUCCACUGUCGCGAAUUGGAUAUUCAAUAGUCCCCUGCCUGAGGAGGUAGAAGAAUUGGAGGAUAUCCCUCCUGAAACGGAGGCAGAGGAGAUCUUGACUCCUGCCCUCACUUUUGGCUCGCAUACUGCGAGUGAUGAUUCCUCAACGACGUCCUCCCCGCAAAACAACGUUGCAUCCGCAAGGCAGAAUCACAUGCACAAGCCGAGCGUGUUCGAACCUCCCCACGUGCACUUCGAUGAUUUCGCUUCCGCGCAGCUGAUGCUAUCAUUGCCUCCGCUGAGCACGCCAGUAAACGAGAGGGAGAGGGCCGAAAGCAUGUCCAAUUUGUCUGGGAAGCCGUCAAAUGAUGUGGGACACCAAUCGAGUGAGGACAUUGCACGUCAGACCGAUCGCAAAUGUGCCACGCCGAGUUCUGCCAAGUCUGAAGCGGGCUACGUGAGCGAUGGUCAAUAUCUUUCUGACAGCGUUGGUUUCAAAAAGUCUGGCAAACUGAAAGGAAAAGGCAAGAAAGGCAAGCUGCCAGCCUUGGACUUACGACCCGGAUUUGAUGAAGCGCCUGGUUAUUCUUCGGAUGGAGGUUAUCUCUCUGCGUCAUCAAGCAAGUCGCAAGGGAAGCCUAGUAAGGGCAAAUCUCGGGCAAUGGCUUUCUUUCGGAGGAAGCCAAAGAAGCAGCGAGCUAGUGAUGAAGAUGAUGAUAACUACAUACCACCAGUCCCCGCGAUGCCUCCAAUGGCGGUUCCUUCGAGUCCAAGACCUUUAAAGCAUCUUGUCGCAACACCUUCAUCCCCAACGCGAUCUGGCUUCACUCCUCUGACGCUGAACUUUAGGACCUCAACUCGAGCGUCAAGUCCUGUCUUGCACUCAAGAAAGGACCGCGCCAGUCCCCCAGUUGCUCGAGUAGCGACGCCUCCCUCCAUUGUCACUCCUCCUCGACCAUCCGAGCAGACAAUAAAUUCUAUGCCGUCGCCGUCGCCUUCGCCUGUACCUCCGUCUACGCUUCCUGUCGCUCUUCCGUCUAUGCUGAUAUCUCACGCACCAACUUCCAGUGCAGCCCUUAGUACGGUAUUACCCCCUACCUCACAGGCUCCUGCAACUCCAAUCCGUUCACCCCCAAGCCCCUCUCCCCGGCAUAUCGCCAUUCGACCUGCGGCUCCUCCACCUACGCAGCCAUUACCACAGCCGCCUCCGUCUCCCAUACCAUCCACGCCAUCCACGCCGUCACGAAAGGCCCCUGGGCCACCACCCACGCAAGCACUGCCUCCGGUACCAGCGCGUCCGCUCCCCGUGCCACCAUCUACGCCGACGACGCCCUCGCGGAGACUGCCACCUUUCCGGCCGGUUGCAGUACCUGGCCCUACAGCUCCAUUAGUUCCUCGCCGUCAUCCACAAGCUCAGCCGCGCGUUCUAUUUUCCCCUCGUCCACAGCCGUCACAUAGCGCAUCUGAUUCAGUUGUCCCGCAAUACACGCAUGACAAUGGCGAGGCAUCACCGAGGAGGUACCAGAGCCACAGCGCUGUUCCCAGUGACGACAACUCUGAGAUCCACCCUCCCAAGUAUGGUGGUAUGGUACGGAAACAGCAUUCGGAGACGUCACCACCACCAUUUCUCCAGCGGCGCAUGCAUGGAAUGCAGGGAUCCCCGCGGCAUCCACCCCCAGAUUCACCUCUCCCACAGGUUCCGAAUGCGCGCUCUAUGCAUGCUCCAGCGUUCCCCUCGAAAUUCCAUGAACACUUUUCGUCCGUAUCGUCAAUGGGAUACACUUCGCCUGCUCUGCGCAGUACGAGUGGGUCUGGCUCCUCGUCUGACCCGUCUGUUCGCUCCAUACGCUCCUCUAACGCCCCGUCAGUAUCUACUUCUGAAAGUCACGGGCACUCGAGUCGCCAUUCGGGAGGCAUCGUAGAUAUGAGCCCAGAAACAAGAUCUUCUUCACGGUCAGGGUCCAGCCACGGGAAGCAGAUCACGGCCAGUAUCGCUUACUCACGGUCACAUUCGUCCAUGCUCGAUACCCGGAGCGACGUUAGUACCAGCGUCUACGACGAGCGUUCGAGCACGUACAACGAGGAGGGGGGAAAUGAUGCAAAGGGCGCACAGGCUGACGACGAGGGUGACGAUGAUGCAUCGUUCUAUCCCUCAGAUGAGCAGACGGCUGGUAGGCGUACGAUGUACCUGGUCGAAAAUGGCCGGGGUAUGGAUGAGGAUGGAGAUGUGUUCCCGCCUGCAUUACCGCCCCCGGUAGGAAGAUACUUUUAACUAACGAUGGGAUAUAAGUUACCAUUCGCUUUAAUUUAUCUGCUGUUUAUAGCUUUUUUUUGUGGUCGCUCUUUCGCUUGUUUUCUUUUUUCUUUUGAUGGUUUGCUUUUUUUUUUGGUAAUUUUAGUGGCACGAGACUCGAGACGUAUGGUACAUUGGUGAUAUUGGUACUAGCGGCUGCUCGAUGUAGCUGUGGUACUAGUAGAUACGAUCUUGAUGUUAUGGUAAUAGCUUAAUGGCUUGAAUCCAGUCUAGCACUACUAGGACCAUCCCAGAAAGUCUGGC